AUGUUUAAUAACGAUAAAGAUGAUAACAAUCAAGGAAAUGAAAACAAUGAAAAUAAUAAAAUAAAUAUAAAAACAUCGAUUGAUAUGGGUAAUUAUAUAAAUUCAUCUUCAUUAGUUGAAAGUUUUGGUAGUGGUAGUAAUAGAAACAAUGAUAAAAGUGAAGAUGUUGAAUAUGAUGAUGACGAUGAUGAUGAUGACGAUGAAAUUGCUAGUACUGAAGAAGAAAAGGAGUCUGAUUUAGAUUCAGAUUCUGAUCUUGCACCAACACAAAUUAUAGUAGAUGACAGUGAUGAUUUUUAUAAUAAUAAUAAUGGUGGUGGUGGUGGUGGUGGUAAUGAAGAUAUUUCAUCAACAUCACCAACAUUAAUUACAUCAAAUAGUUUUAAUGAUAAAAUUAAUCAAAUAUUUAGUAGAGGUGGUAGUAGUUUAAAUUCAUCAUUUUUAAAUAAUGGAGAGAAUAAAAUCAACUUUAAGCAAUUGGUUAAAUUGAAAUCAACAUUAAAGAAGCAUGAAAUCCCAUCGAGAGAAUUAACAGUGGAGAAAGAGAUAGGUCAAGGUUUCUUUGGUAAAGUUUAUAAGGCGAGGUGGAGGGGUAAAAGUGUUGCUUUGAAAAAGAUAACAUUGAUAAAGUUUAGAGAUUUAACAGAGACUGAGAUUUUCGAUAAGGAGGUAUCGAUAAUGAGCAAACUAUGCCAUCCUACAUGUGUGAUGUUUAUAGGAGCAUGUUCACUCGAUGGCCCAUCAAAUGACAGGUCGAUCAUUAUGGAGUAUAUGGAAGGCGGCAGUUUAAGAAGACUCUUGGACGAGAAGUCAAGCUACCAUUUACCACCAUCACUUCAAUUAUCCAUUGCAAGAGAUAUAGCAGAGGGUAUGAAUUAUUUACAUACAAAUUUUAAAGAGGGUCCGAUAGUUCACAGAGAUUUAACAAGUAGUAAUAUCCUUCUAAAUAGUAGUUACACCGUUGCCAAAAUCAAUGAUUUCGGCCUAUCGAAAGAGAUGAAACCAGGUCCAACCGAAAUGACCGCUGCCAUGGGAUCUUUGGCUUGGAUGGCACCAGAAUGCUUCAAAGCAGAGAAUUACACUGAAAAAGUUGACGUCUACUCAUUUGCAAUCAUUCUUUGGGAGAUUGUAACUUGUCGUGACCCAUAUAAUGGUAUGGAACCUUUAAGAUUGGCAUUUUUAGCUUCGGUUGAAGAUUAUAGAUUACCAUUAAAUGGUUUCCCACCUUAUUGGGUUGAAUUAAUCUCAAAAUGUUGGAAUAUUACACCAUCACUAAGACCUUCAUUUAAAGAGAUUUUGCAAAUUUUAAAUCAAAUUGAAUCUGAUCCAUUAUUUUUAAAUUUAAAUUUAAAUUGUUCAUCAAAUAAUACCAGUAGUGGUAGCACUAGCACUAGCAGUGGCAGUAGCAGUAGUAGUGACAAUAAUUUAACCAAAUCAUCAGAAUCAAAUAAUAAUUUAAGAGAAAGUAAUAUAAAUAAUCAAAUAAAAUCAAAUAAAAAUUCUUCAAAAAAUGGUUACUAUGCACAAGAUAUAAAUGAUUAUUCUUUAUCAAUGCAAGUUGAAACUAAAAAUUGUAUAUAUAAUAAUGUUAGUGAUAAUGUAAAUAAUAAUAAUAAUAAUAAUAAUAAUAAUAAUAAUGAUAAUGAUUUUUUUAAAUCAUCUUUCACCAAAAAAUCAUUUUUAUCAAAUAAUAAUUAUAAUAAUAAUAAUAAUAAUAUAAAUAAUAAAAAUAAUAAUACGAAUAAUUUAAAUGAUAAUUUAAUAAUUAAAAGUUUAAAUCAUAUUUCAGAACAAAAUUCAUUUUUAGUAUCAUAUCAAGAUAGUAAUAUUGUUAAAUAUUUUAGUUUAGAUAAUGAAUCAUUAACAAGUACAUUACAAAUGGAACAAUCAGUAGUUUGUAUGAAAUAUCAAAUUAUAAAUGAAAAGGUAUUUUUAGUUGUUGCAAUGUCAAAUAAUAAUAUAUCAUUAUUUGAAUUGAAAAAGACAGAUUUUAGUGGUAGUGCUAAUAGCCCAACAACACUAUUACCAAUUAAAGUUAUUAAAUGUGAUGAACAACGACAUACGAUUAAAGAUAUCACUUGGAAUGGUACUCAUGUAAUUACAAGUUCAUUUAAAGAUUCUUCAAUUCAAAUUUGGGAUCUUGAGAAAUCACUUUACCCAAUCUCAAAAAUGGAUAAUGGUGGAGUUGGUAUCUUGUCAAUUGAUUCACAAUCUCAUCAACCAUUAAUGAUUUCUGGUGAUUCAGAUGGUAAAGUCAAAUUAUGGGAUAUUAGAAAUUCUCAUUGUUUUCGUACAUUAACUCAUUCACCACCAUCUUCCAGCAGUGGUGGUAGUAUAGGUGUUGAUUCAGUUUUAUUUAGAUCGCCACAUGCUGUUAGAGAUCCAAUAAUAUUAACAGGCUCAUCAAAAGAUUGUAAAUUUAAAGUUUGGAAUAUGUAUAGUUCAACCUGUUUAAAUUCAUUUCAAUCUCAUAAUAAAGAUUUAUUAGGUAUUCAUAGAAAUCAAUCUUCUCAACAAAUGAUAACAUGGUCUUCUGAAGGAACCAUUUCACUCUUUAAUAGCGGUAAUAAUAUUAAUAAUCAAAAUAAUCAAAAUAAUAAUAAUGAUUGUGGUAACGAUAACGAUUCUGUAGAAUUUUCAAAGGUAUUAAAUGUAAAUAGUAUGAUGUCGAAUGAACCUUUACAAUCUGCUCAAAUAAUUUCAAAAAAUCGAAUCAUUUUCUCUUCUAAAAAUAAAUUUUAUUCAAUUAUAGCUUAA